AUCGAUCAGUUUGUUACGGGUAUUGCUUGUUCAUCUAACUACACAUGCAACACACACUUCAGUUUCGUUCACCUUUCCGAAUUCACAAUCUUCGACAGCACAUACGGAGGAACGUCAGCAGUGGAUGCAAUGGAUCCCAACCCCACCAACUUUCCGAUCCUCUCCUACGUCAUGGCCAAGCUCCCCCACAUCACGCGCACCUUCUCCACCUCCGCCCCCGAGUUCGACAUCGAAAACCCGCCGGAGCCGGAGCCCAAGCCUCGCGAGCCUUAUUUUGAGCUCUCUGAGAAAAUGCCUCACCUCAAGAACCCGGAACUCAUCUCCGCCAUGCGUCGCGCCGUGAAGGACGUCGCACAGACCCGAUCUAUCCUGCAAACUCUAGGGACCCGACCCGAUCACGAGACUGUCGAUACCGCCCGGUUCAAAUUAGCUGAAUAUGAUCAGUCUAAGCCGGUCUCGGAAGAGUUGGUUACGGAGUAUAAGAAUUAUAAGGCGGUGAUUGCGUUGGAUGAGAUGCAUGAGGCGUAUGAGAGGAUGGUGAGCGCGGCGGAGAAGAGGUUGGAGAGGUUUUAUGAGGCGGCGUUGGCGGGGGUUGAUCUGGCGGAGGCGGAGAAGGAGGUGAAUAAGGAUAAAGAUCAGGAGGAAGUGAAUGAAGAGGUGGUUGGCAUUUUGAAGGCGGCGGAACUGGGAAAGGGGAUUGCGAGGGUGGAUCUGUCUGGGCGGAGGUUGAGGAUAUUGCCGGAGCAAUUUGGGAGGAUGAAAUCGUUGAUUGUGCUUAACUUGUCCCAUAAUCAGCUGGAGGCAAUUCCAGAUUCAAUUGCAGGAUUAGAAAAUCUUGAGGAGCUCAAUCUUUCAGCAAAUCUCUUAGAGUCAUUGCCCGACUCCAUUGGCCUGUUGCUUAAGUUGAAAAUUCUUGAUGUUUCUGGAAACAAGCUUGCUGCCCUGCCUGACAGCAUUAGUCAUUGCAGGUCCUUGGAGGAGUUGGAUGCGGGUUUCAAUAAACUCACUUACUUACCAACAAUUAUGGGAUUUGAACUUGUGAAUCUCAAAAGGCUCUCAAUCCACCUAAACAGGAUCCGUUAUCUUCCUACAUCUAUCGGCGAGCUCAAAUCCUUGCGCCUUCUGGACAUUCAUUUCAACGAGCUCCAUGGCCUUCCACCUUCGAUCAGGGGAUUGACAAGUCUCGAGAUCCUUAAUCUUAGCAGCAACUUCAAUGACCUGACUGAACUUCCCGACACGAUCUCAGAGCUAAUUAACCUAAAAGAACUCGACUUGAGCAACAACCAGAUUCAUGCAUUGCCUGAUAACUUUGGUAGGCUAGUUAAUUUGACUAAACUUAAAUUGGACGAGAACCCCCUUGAAAUACCUCCAAAGGAGGUUGUGGCUGCAGGAGUUGAUGCUGUCAGGUCUUAUAUGAUCAAAAGAUGGGACGCGAUACUGAUGGAAGAAGAGGAGAAGAGAAAGAAGGAAGCAGAAGAACAGGAAGAGGAGGACAGCUUAUUGGCACGAGGCACCUCCUGGUUGAAUAGCAUGGUUUCGGUUGUUUCUGGUACCGUCUCAGGAUACUUAGGAGGCUUCGGAAGAUCUGAUGCUGAUCGUCACCUGAAUCAGGAGUUCUAACUCCAUCCCUUCUUGUGGUAACUUUUUCUGCUUUGAUUGCAUUAACUUCCUAUGAUCUCAUUGUUUUAUCAGUUCUUUCCCGUAGCUAGAACCUAAACUGAUCUUUGCAGAUGUUCUUAUUGGUUUUCUAUUUGUUCACUUCAUCUUGAACUGAAGCAAUCAAUAACUUAAAAAUUGAUACAAUUAG